UAUAUAUAUCACCACGCGGUUAGAUGAUACAUAUAGUAAGUGUGUGAUAAUGCGCAGUCAGUGACUGGUGUAUACACAGUAUCUGUUCUAUGGACUGUUACCGUGUAGUACGGUAGAUAUGCGUGCUUGUUACACCCGAGCUCAUUACCAUAUCGAAUACCGAAUCUAGACAUGUUAUCAAGGAAAGGUAUUAGAAUAUCCACUGUCGUUCUUAAUAACUUAAGACGAUUGCCAUUUCCUUACUCGACUUCAGGGCACGUGUCAUCACUUGUUAAUAGUGAAGUAACCAAGCAUGUCCCAACAAGUGCACGAGUGGUCAUUUGUGGAGGGGGCGCUCUCGGUACCUCGGUAGCUUAUCAUCUUGCAGAGAGGGGUUGGAGUGAUGUAGUCUUACUGGAACAAGGCAGUCUGACGUGCGGUACGACAUGGCAUUCCGCCGGUUUGAUUGGACAGCUGGGGAAGGACGAUAUAGACGGGUGUCGACUUAUUGGAUAUGGUCUACAGCUAUACAAAGACCUGGAGAGGAGUCAUGGCAUAGGAUGGAAGCAGUGUGGAAGCUUACUUUUAGCUCAGACCAAGGACAGACUUGUCACCAUUGAGAGGAAGCACUCAUUAGCUAAGGUUAUUGGUGUAGAAUCUCACCUUGUUACACCAUCGGAAAUCGCCGAAUUGUGUCCCUGGAUAAAAACUUCUGAUCUUCAGGGAGGUCUCUGGAUUCCAGGAGAUGGAGUGGUGGCUCCUAACGAUCUGGUAUACGCGUACAACGGCGUGGCUAAAGCAAAAGGUGUUCAGAUCAUCGAGGGUGUCAAGGUGGAGGAUGUUAACACUACCGAUAGCAAAAUAACAGGUGUAAAAACGUCUCAUGGACAAAUUCAGUGUGAAUACUUCGUUAACUGUUCUGGACAGUGGGCACGACACCUUGGGGCUAGAACGACCCCUCCCGUCCAGGUGCCUCUCCACUCAAGUGAACACUUUUAUAUUGUGUCAUCAGCCAUCCCAAACAUGGACUCCAUGAUGCCAGUGAUAAGAGACUAUGAUGGCUCUAUAUACGCCCGCGAAUGGAGUGGGGGUCUACUUGCCGGAGGAUUUGAACUUGAAGGCAAACCGACCUUCUCUUUUGAUAUGCCAGAGAAAUUCGAGUUUCAGCUCCUUCCUUCUGAUUGGGAUCAUUUCCAGGUCAUGAUGGAACCCAUCCUCAACAGAUUUCCAGCUAUGGAAACGGCUGAAGUUCGGACACUAGUCAACGGUCCGGAAAGCUUUACAGCGGACGGGAACUGGAUUCUGGGAGAAUCAGCAGAGGUGAGGAAUUAUUUUGUUGCGGCUGGCAUGAACGGCUUGGGCGUGGUUGGUUCCGCCGGGAUAGGGAGGUACAUUACGGAGAGUAUCGUGGAUGGUGUCUCAGGAAAUAGUUUGGAUGCUCACCAUAUUCUCCGACAUAAUAAAGUCCAUGGCAACAGACGUUUUUUGUUUGAGCGUGUGAAGGAGGUCAUAGGUGCCUACAAACUGCGCUAUCCUUACACCCACUGGACAAAGGGAAGGAAGUUAAAAACCUCUCCCAUCCAUACGUUACUGGAGAAAGAAGGGGCCUGCUUCGGCGAUCUACAGGGAUACGAACGACCUUUGUACUUCAGGGAGAAUACAGACGAAUCUUUCGAUCCGUACCAUCUGGAUAGCCCAUCGUUCAACAAGCCAUCAUGGUUUGACCAUGUGGAAGCAGAGUAUAAAGCAUGCAAAGACGACGUUUGCCUCAUAGACACAUCAUGUUUCGCAAUGUGUGAAGUUAAGUCUGAUGGUGGCGAGGCUCUCCAAUAUCUCCAACAUCUCUGUUGCAACGACGUAUCUGACAAGACUGGAGAAAUCACACAGACAGGAAUGCUGAACCAACAAGGAGGAUAUGUUGUCGACUGUAGCGUCAUCUCUCUAGCUCCCAAUAGAUUCCUGAUAACGGCGACUACCAAUCACCAGCGUCGGAUGCUGACCUGGAUGAGGCGCCAUCUUCCCUCGGACGGGACAGUUGAGCUGGUCGAAAGUGAUUCGUCAUUUUCAUCACUGACCAUCGUCGGGCCAAGAAGUGAAGCUUUAAUGAGUGACAUGUGUGACGUGUCUGUGCUGACCAAAGACUUCCCGUCAAUGACGUGCAAAAUUGUAGAUGUUGGAUUUUCUAGUGAAAUCCGCACGCUGAGAAUGCCACUAUCCGGUAUCGAUGCGUUUACCCUACAUAUUCCAACUGAGAACACACUGCACGUGUACGAGGCCUUAAACGCGGCGGGAAAGAAGCAUGGCAUAAAGAACGGCGGCCAUUAUGUCCUCAAACAGCUCCGCUUGAAGAAUAAAAUUGCGUCUCAGGAGGAAGACAUUUCGUCACUGACAACGCCAUUUGAAUGUGGAAAGGAACCAGUGUAUCUUUUGAGAAAACUAAUCCAUUCAUCGGUAGAGAAGCGCUAAACCUGCA